UAUAUAUUAUUUUCUGAAAUUAAAAUUGUUAUAUUUUUAUCAAUUAUUUGUGCUUCAGUUUUUCAUCCAGUUAUAAUACUACUAACUUUAAUUUUAUUAACAUUAUUUUUAUCAAUGGUUUUUUAUUAUUCAUAUCAAUUUUCCAUUAUAUCUAUGAUAAUAAUUUUAAUUAUUUUAGGGGGAAUAUUAAUUAUUUUUAUAUACAUAGUUAGAUUAUGUCCUAACAAAAAAAUAAAAUUUAAUAAAAAAAUUAGAGUCACUUUUACAUUUUUAUUAACACUAAUUUCAUAUAAUAUAUAUAUAAUAAAAUUAGAUUUAGUUUAUAUUAACAAAAUUUACUUAGUAAAUUUUGUUAAUAUAAUUAUUGUAAUAAUAAUUUUUCUUAUAUUAAUAUUAAUAAUUGUUGCAAAAAAUUUAAAUUGAAUUAAUGCUCCUAUUAAAAAAUUUAUUUAAACUUAUGUUAAAAUUAAUAAAUCCAUUAAUUAAUUUACCUACACCGUCUAAUAUUUCGUUUAUAUGAAAUUUUGGGUCAUUAUUAGGUAUUUGUUUAUUCACUCAAAUUAUAACAGGUUUAUUUUUAGCUAUAAAUUUUUCAAGAGAUAUUUCUACUGCAUUUUCUAUAAUUUCUCAUAUUCAACGAGAUGUUAAUUACGGAUGAUUAAUUCGCUCUAUUCACGCUAAUGGUGCAUCAAUUUUUUUUAUUUUCAUAUAUAUUCACGUAGCACGUGGAAUUUAUUAUUCAUCUUUUUAUUUUAAAAAGUAUGAAUAUCAGGAAUCAUAAUCAUAUUUAUUUUGAUAGCAACAGCAUUUUUAGGUUAUAUUUUACCUUGAGGUCAAAUAUCUUUUUGGGGGGCUACUGUAAUUACAAAUUUAAUUUCAGCUAUUCCAUAUAUCGGUAUUUCAAUUACUUAUUGAAUUUGAGGAGGGUUUUCAGUUGACAAUAAUACUUUAAUUCGUUUUUUUACUUUACAUUUCAUUCUGCCCUUUAUAUUAUUAAUAUUAACAAUAAUUCAUAUUAUACUUAUUCAUGAAAAGGCUCAAGAAUCCCUUAGGAGUAACAAUAAAUUUAGAUAAAAUUCCUUUCAUCCUUAUUUUACAAUUAAAGAUUUAUUAGGGAUUUUUUAGUAAUUAUAAUAUUUUCAUAUUUAAUUAUUAUUAACCCUUACAAAUUUAUAGAUGCAGAAAAUUUUAAUAUUGCAAACCCAAUAAUCACUCCACCUCAUAUUCAACCUGAAUGAUAUUUUCUUUUUGCUUAUGCUAUUUACGAUCAAUUCCUAAUAAACUUGGGGGAGUGAUUGCAUUAUUAAUAUCUAUUGUUAUUAUUAUUAGAUUUUCAUUUUCAAUAAAAAUAAAAUAUCUUCUUUUUAUUUCAACAUCAUAUUUAAAAUUAUAUUUUGAUUAUUAAUUAAUUGUUUUUUUUUACUAACUUAUUUGGGAGCUAUACCUAUUGAAUAUCCUUUUGAUUUAAUAAGAAAAAUUGUAACAAUUCUUUAUUUUAUAAUUUUUAUUAUAAUUCCUUUAACA